AUUAAACUCACACAGCUAGGCCUUCAAAACCCUAGUAAAAGAGAACGGCGACAGCAUCGCUCAGUAAACGUUCUAGAGAAUUCGUGGCGAGCAAGUUGUUAGGGGGGAAGGUGGCGGUGGCUCAAGAUGUCGAAUUACGACGGGAGAUACGAAGAUAACGGCGACUCCUAUAACGACUACGGCGGAAGCGCCGCCUCGCCCGCGCCGAGAAGCAGCGGCUUCGACGUCCUCGCCGAUCACAAAUCUCAAUAUGAUUCUCAUGAGUAUGAGAGGGCAUCCUCAAAGAAUAGAGAAAGAGAUAGGGAGAGGGACAAGGACAGGGACAGAGAAAGGAACAGAGAGAGGGAAAGGGAUAAAGAAAGAGACAAAGAUCGAGAAGGAGACAAAGACAGGGAUCGCCGCCAUCACAGGGAUCACAAAGAUAGAAGUGAAAGGCGGGAGCAUAGACAUGAUAGAGAAGAUCAUGAUCAUCGGCGUAGCAGAGAUAGUGAUAGACAUAGGGAUCGUGAUAGAGAUAAGGAUGGGCGUCAUAGACACCGCUCACGGUCUCGAUCUCGGUCAAAGGUUAAGUCUGAUCGUAGAUCAAGAUCUCGUUCACGGUCGAGAUCAAAUAGCAAACGGAUCAGUGGCUUUGACAUGGCUCCACCUGCUACUGCUAUUAUACCUGGUGCAACUGCCACAGGUCAGCUGCCAGCUAGCACUCCAGCCAUCCCUGGAAUGUUUCCUAACAUGUUCCCUCUGGCAGUUGGACAGUUUCCAACACUCCCUCUGAUGCCUGUGCAAGCUAUGACACAGCAGGCUACUCGGCACGCUCGGCGGGUAUAUGUUGGCGGUCUUCCUCCCACUGCUAAUGAACAGUCAGUUGCAACGUUCUUCAGCCAGGUGAUGUCUGUCAUUGGAGGAAAUACAGCUGGUCCUGGUGAUGCAGUUGUUAAUGUCUAUAUAAAUCAUGAUAAGAAAUUUGCAUUUGUGGAAAUGAGAUCUGUUGAGGAAGCAAGCAAUGCAAUGGCCUUGGAUGGAAUCAUAUUUGAGGGGACACCAGUGAAACUAAGAAGACCUAGUGACUACAAUCCUUCUCUUGCUGCUGCACUUGGCCCAAGCCAGCCAAAUCCCAAUCUUAAUCUUGCUGCCGUUGGCUUGACCCCAGGCUCUGCUGGUGGGCUUGAGGGUCCUGACCGUAUUUUUGUGGGCGGUCUUCCCUACUACUUCACAGAAGCACAAGUCAGGGAAUUACUUGAGUCGUUUGGGCCUCUUAGAGGUUUUGACCUUGUCAAGGAUAGGGAAACUGGCAAUUCAAAGGGUUAUGCAUUUUGUGUCUACCAAGAUCUGUCUGUCACUGACAUUGCUUGUGCUGCUCUUAAUGGUAUUAAGAUGGGUGAUAAGACCCUCACUGUUAGGCGUGCAAACCAAGGUACAGUUCAGCCCAGACCAGAGCAAGAAAGUAUUUUGUUGCAUGCACAGCAGCAGGUAGCGUUACAGAAGCUGGUGUAUCAGGCAGGAUCACUACCCACCAAAAUACUAUGUCUAACCCAGGUGGUCAAUGAGGAGGAGCUCAAAGAUGAUGAGGAAUACGAAGACAUAAUGGAAGAUAUGAGAGGAGAAGGUGGAAAAUAUGGUAAUUUGGUAAAUGUUAUCAUCCCUCGUCCUGGACCAAAUGGAGAGCCCGUACCUGGUCUCGGCAAGGUAUUUUUGGAGUAUUCUGAUGUCGAUGGCUCUACCAAAGCUCGGCAAGCUUUGAACGGACGGAAGUUUGGGGGCAAUCCGGUGGUUGCAACAUUCUAUCCGGAGAGCAAGUUUGCCCAGGGCGACUAUGGCGGAUAGCUUCACCUUCACUCCAAGGAUUUUUCUCCUGUGGAACAGCGACAAUGUAAUUUAGUAAGUAGAUUGCCUGUUUACUGAUGCUAAUGCAGUAGAUUCUGUCAUUCCACAAGCACUUUGACUGCCCUUCCAAUGAUAUUUCCAUUGUGGAUCACCUGGAUGGCUGGAUUUCUUUCUAUUCUGAUUUGAAAUUUGAAAGAAUCACUCUCUAUGUCGACUUCGAGAUAAAAAGAAACUCUUCAAACUA